AAUUAAAGCCCUGCGGCUGCCAUUGCCUAUGGAUUAGAUAAGAAAGGUGGUGAAAAGAACAUCCUUGUCUUUGACCUUGGUGGUGGUACAUUUGAUGUUAGUAUCCUUACUAUUGACAAUGGUGUUUUUCAGGUUCUUGCCACAAAUGGAGACACUCAUCUAGGAAGAGAGGAUUUUGACCAGAGGAUUAUGGAGUAUUUCAUUAAAUUGAUAAAGAAGAAGCAUGGUAAGGACAUUAGCAAGGAUAACAAGGCUUUGGGAAAGCUCAGGAGAGAAGCUGAGCGUGCCAAGAGAGCCCUGAGCAGUCAGCAUCAAGUCAGGGUAGAGAUUGAGUCCCUCUUCGAUGGCGUGGAUUUCUCUAAACCACCUACCCGGGCUCAUUUUGAGGAGCUGAACAAUGAUUUGUUUCGUAAGACAAUGACUCCUGUCAAGAAGGCUAUGGAGGAUGCUGGUCUAGCAAAGAACCAGAUUGAUGAGAUUGUCUUGGUUGGUGGAAGUACCAGGAUUCCAAAAGUUGAACAGCUUUUGAAAGAUUACUUUGAUGGCAAGGAGCCUAGCAAAGGUGUCAACCCCGAUGAAGCAGUUGCUUUUGGUGCAACUGUACAAGGAGGUAUUUUGAGUGGAGAAGGAGGUGACGAAACCAAAGAUAUUCUUCUCUUGGCACCUCCACUAACUCUUGGUAUUGAAACUGUUGGAGGAGUGAUGACAAAGUUGAUCCCAAGAAACACUGUCAUUCCUACUAAGAAGUCUCAAGUCUUCACCACUUACCAGGACCAGCAGACAACCGUCACAAUUUCGGUCUUUGAAGGUGAACGCAGUAUGGUAAAGGACUGUACACUACUCGAGAAGUUUGACUUAACAGGAAUACCUCCAGCACCAAGAGGAACACCUCAAAUCGAAGUAACUUUUGAGGUUGAUGCCAAUGGUAUCCUAAACGUGAAAGCUGAGGAUAAAGCCUCUGGAAAGUCAAAAAAGAUUACCAUCACGAAUGACAAGGGUCGUUUGAGUCAAGAAGAAAUUGAAAGUAUGGUGCAGGAGGCUGAGGAGUUUGCCGAGGAGGACAAGAAGGUGAAAGAACGAGUUGACGCCCGAAAUAGCCUGGAGACAUACGUAUACAACAUGAGGAACCAAAUAAAUGACAAUGACAAACUUGCAGACAAGUUAGAGUCUGAUGAGAAGGAGAAGAUUGAAACCGCCACAAAAGAAGCACUUGAAUGGUUAGACGACAACCAGAGUGCUGAGAAGGAGGAUUAUGAAGAGAAGCUGAAAGAAGUUGAGGCAGUGUGCAACCCAAUUAUCACGGCUGUGUAUCAGAGGUCUGGUGGAGCACUAGGAGGUGCCAGUGAGGAUUCCAACGAGGACGAUGAUUCACAUGAUGAGCUGUAAUUGAAUUUGUAGGUUAAUAGUUUUUUAUUGUUACCAAAUAGAUA